AUGCACAAGUAUGCUAACAUUGGAAGGCGAUCUACGAUAGGUAUAGGAAUAUGCGUCUAUUUUGGAUGUUUUUCCUUCAUUGUAAUGCAAUUUGUUCCGGAUUUGCUUGAUAUCGUAAAGCCUUUAAAUAAGUCUCGUCCACGUAUACUUCUUCAUGAGGCCAAAUAUUUAACUAAUCAGGAGAAAUAUUUUCAUAUUGUAAUAAUGCAGGAAGUUAUUGGGAUAUUUAUUACUGGGACUACUGGAGUAGCUGCUGAAACAUUCUCAUUAGUAAAUGCAUUACACGCUUUCGCAUUGUUUAAAAUUGCUAGUUACCGUAUGGAACAUAUGCUAAGAGUAGAUGUUUCACAAUUAUCUCCAGCCAAAAACUAUAUUAUACUCCAUGAUAAAAUAACCGCUGCAGUAAAUAUCCAUAGAAGAGCGCUUGAAUUUUCAGAGUUAUUAAAAACAAGCUUUGGAUUCUCAUAUUUGUUUAUGGUCGUGACGGCUAUAUUUACGGCAACCAUUAGUCUCUUUCGCCUAUUUCGAAUAAUAAUGAUGCAACAGAAUAAGAUAGAGAUUUUAAAAUUAAUUUGUUAUGUAAUUUUCCUUUUUUUAUUAUUAGUUAUUGGCAAUUUUGUUGGGCAAGAGUUUAUAAAUCAUGAUUCUUAUGUCCAUCGAGCGAUAUGCAAUACGAAAUGGUACAAUGCUCCGUUAAAGAUACAAAAAUUUAUACUCUUUUUGAUGAGGAAAACUACGAAAAGUUACAAAGUUGAUGCUGGUGGUCUGUUUAGCCCUUCUUUAGAAGUAAUACCCUUGAACGAAUCACGUCCGCUUAAACUUUUGGGUUUAACCACGUUUUUAUUCGAUGAAGAUGAGUACUUCGUUUUAAUAUUCGUACACAUGGCGGUAGCACUUUCUGUAGAAGUGACUACGGUAGUGGCUACGGAAACAAUGGGCGCAGUAUACAUACAACAUGCUUAUGGGCUAUUUAGAAUUACCAGCUUACGCAUAAAACAUGCAUUCGACUGUGAAAUACAUAUCUCUGCCUCGGAAAAAUAUAAAAUAUAUUACACAAAUAUAAUCAAUGCAUUAACCAGUCACAUUAAAGCUAUUGAGUAUUUUGAUCUUUUUAAUUCUUCCCUCGAAAUAUCUGCCUUCAUUUUGCUUGUGUUGGGCGUGGCUUCUUUAAGUCUUAACUUAUUUCGCGUAAGUAUUGUGGUAAUACAUAGUACAAUUGCAACAUAUUAUUACAUCGAUUUAUGA